AACGCGCUUGGUUGCUGGCGGCUCACACCCCAGCCUCUCAGCCCCUCCCCUGUGGAGCACUGAGAGCCCUCAACCCAAAGAGGCUCGUUGCUCGUUGCUCGUUUGAGAAGUCGAAAGGUUUACCCAGGAGACGAAAAAGCCGGAAAAAGAUACGAGAAAUGCCUGCAAAGGAAAAAACUUGAAGGCAAAGCUAAAGCCGGGAGUAUACUGGGGGAUACAGGAUCUGUGGCAACCGCGACUAUGGUUCGGCGCCAAAUGCCGCCGCGCGCCUGCAAGAGCAAGAGCCAGAGCGCCGCCAGGCCCAGUCUUAGUCCCAGCCGCCUGGCCAAGAAGCCCAGCCUGACGCCGACCACCGGUUCUCAGGCGCCAUCGCAGACCAUCGCAAAGUCGAGGCCCACCGGUCUCGAGACGAUUUUUGAACGGCACGGCAAUGAGGACGACGGGCCCACCAGCAGCCAUGCCGUGGCAUUCGGCGAGUGCCAGCGCCGCGUCCUCGCCCUGGGUACGGGCGAAAAAAAAAGAACCCUGUCGCAGAAGAGCUGCCUGAAGGUGCGCAACACCUUGGGCGAAAGCAGCACCCGGCACAUGAUGACACUGCGGGCGUCCCGCACUACUUUGGACAGCGUAAUGCUCGGGGCUCGGACGAUGAAGGCGACAUCCACAUCGGGGAAUCAACAUAAAUGGGUGGCUCCGCGGACGGUGUUCCAGCAGUCGCGCUUGGGCGGUCCGAGUGAGCAGUAA